AACUUGACGGAGUAUAUCGUCUGCUAGCCUAUUUAAUAUUUCUCUCCCAAGAAAUAUUUUACCGUCGUUUUGUAGAAAUAAUACAAUACACACUAGCCUAAUCAUCUUCUAAUGGCAACAGCUCAGCUUCAAAGAACACAGGGUAAAAACUGGGAGUCUAUCUUUCCUAAUGAACAAGUCACAGAGCAGAAAUCUGCUCUUUUUGUGAAAAAGCUUUUGGCGGUUGCAAUUUCCAACAUCACCUACUUGAGAGCAAUAUUCCCAGAACAUGCAUUUGGUGACAAAUGUCUAGAAGAUUUAAAUUUAAAAAUACUAAGAGAUGAAAGUUCAUGCCCUGGGGCAUGCCAAGUCAUAAAGUGGGUUAAAGGCUGUUUUGAUGCACUGGACAAAAAAUAUUUGAAGACUCUAAUAAUUGGGAUCUAUGUUGAUCCUAAUAAUCCUGAGACUGUUAUUGAGUCAUACACUUUUAAGUUUGCAUAUAACAAUGAUGGAGAAGUAGACAUAUACAGAAAUGAUAAAAAAAUUUCAAGUGCUUACUCAGCAGAAGAAACAAAGAAAGCAACUAUUCGACUUUUGAGGACACUUAUUAUUCUUACUAAUACUCUUACUUCACUUCCUGAUAAUGUCAUGAUGACAAUGAAGUUGUUCUACUAUGAUGUAACACCAUUGGAUUAUGAACCUCCUGGAUUUAAAGCUUCAAAUGAUCAUGCACUUCAUUUUAUAGAGGAAACAACCAACAUUGCUAUUGGUGAGGUUGCCACUCCUUUUCAUACAGUAAAAAUGCGUGUCAAAACUGGCAGUAAACAGUUUGAAGUGCAUGAAAAUCCCAUUGAAGAAAUGGAUCAAGAAAUGGCUGAAGUUUCCAUUUGCAACAGUGGUCUGGAUAAUGAGGCAAACAAUCAAAAUGAAGCAGUAGAAAAAGAGAAAAUUGUAUCAAAUAAAAAAGAACCUAUUUCAGAACCCAAUCCAGCUAAUCAUUCAAGCCCAUUGAAACCAGAUAAAAGUCCUGUUAGGCCUGAAACUAUUGAGGAAGAAUUCAGUGUUAGAUGUCCUUGUGGCUGCAAUGAGGAUGAUGGCUUGAUGGUUAUGUGUGCAAACUGCAAUUUUUGGCAACAUGCUGUUUGCUUUCAAAUCAUUUCAGAAGAAAAUGCUCCAACUGAUCACAUAUGUGAUCUUUGUGCGAAGCCUGGAAAUUCUAAGCUUGAACCCACUGAUCCUCAUCUCUGUGGUUUGUCAUCUUUUGCAGUACAGGCAACCUGUUUGUGGAGACGAGCUCUCUUAACAAGUUUAGAGUUUAAAACAUUAGUUGCUCCACAACUUGCACGCCGACUCAGCAUAGAGAAUACUGUUGCUCAAGGUCUGAUUAAUAGACUUGAAAAAGAAGGAUUCCUUUCAAGCUCUAAUCGAGGGAAAAGAUUAGGAAAAAUUGUUUUAACAGAAAAAAUCAAAACUGAUGCUUUUGAUCGAUAUCUUAAAAUUUCUAAACCUCCUGGGAAAGCACUAGUCUCUAAUGAUACCGGUCUGAAAGUAGAUGAUACACACAGAACAAAUAUGGAAGAAGAUAAGACAGUGUCGAUGCUUGUUGAUAAAGCUAAUAAAAUUAAUCUUAGUGGAAGCAAGCGAGUGACAAGAAGUUCCCCUGCUGAGGAAGAAACACCUGCUUCAUUGAUGACCAAAGACACACGAGGAAAAAGAGGAAGAAAAAGAGCUUAUUCAAAAACGGAUAAUAGUGAAUUUGAAGUUGCUAAUAGCCAGGAAACCCAAAGCUCAAGUACAAAGAAAAAAGCCAGUGUUGUAACAAAGGAUAUUGCUGUGUGACACCAGUUAUAGACUUUUAAGUUUAAUUUUUUAAAUCAGUUUUGAAAAUGAAUUUGUUUUACUACUUAGUGUUGCAGUCUUUAAAAUUAAGUUAAACAUUUUUCCAUUCAAUUGAAUGAAUGAUACAAUGAAAAUACUGUUUUAAAUUUUUUUUUUGUACUUUUUGUUUUAUUGUAAAUUAUUGAGUAUUUCAAAUCCAGUAUCCAGUUGAAAUCUUG